AUGUCCCCAAGUUCAUUGUAUUAUCUUAUUACAUAUCAGAGAAUAACCAAGUCUUUAUGGAAAGGGGUCUGCCAGCAAUUUCAUGAAAUUGCAACACCAGAAGAGAUUGCUGAUGCAAUUGAUAUACCAAGUUCAGUUGGCACCGCGUUGUGUAUGGCAGCUGCUCUAAAGAAAGAUCAUAAAAUUGCUGUUUCCGGCCAUGCUGACAUAACGAAGAGAAAUGGUGCAUAUUUUGCUUGCUUCUGGAGCAGAUCCAACUGCUCAAGAUGCCCAGCAUGGACGGACGCUUUGCAUACAGCUUCAAUGGCCAAUGACAUUGAGUUGGUCAAGAUUAUACUUGAUGCUGGAGUUGAUGUGAACAUUCGGAAUGUACAAAAUACAAUUCCUCUUCAUGUAGCAUUGGCCAGAGGGGCAAAGUCAUGUGUCGGACUGCUUCUAUCUUCUGGAGCAAAUUAUAAUUUACAGGAUGAUGAAGGUGACAAUGCUUUCCAUAUAGCAGCAGAUGCAGCAAAAUGA